GAGAAGUGAGUGAGAGAGAGAGAGAGUGAGUGAAGCAGAGGGAGGGAGAAGACAAGAAAAAGGGGAUCAGCCAGCCAGAUGAGAAGGGGGCGACGCAGACAGACAGAUCCAGAGACGGGAGUAGGAGGCAGCAGGCAGACGGGAAGUGAAAAUGUCCCACCGGCUGCGUCUCUACUUUGGCUCUGGCUGCAGCGACACGGGCCCGGUGCUGGAGGACCGAGAAGAACCCGCCACGCAGGAAGGCGAGCGGGCCGCAGCAUUCCGCACGCAGCCGCCGCCAUUCAGGACGCUGUAUUUCCCCGGGCCUCCAGACUGCUCCCUUAAACGCAGUUCCUCCAUGUUUAUCCCCCAGCUCACCUUGGCCGAGCCGCGGCCCACCAUGAGCUCCUCCAUGCAGAUCUCCCUCCAGCGCUCGGCCGCCGGGCCCACAGACGAGGAAAUUCCGCCACCCAGCUACUCGCAGGGCCCGGCCCCAGCCUACACAGAGCCAGGCAGCAUGGACUUACCUCCACCCUACUACAACAGAGACGUCUCAGCCAGCUUCACGGAGCCCGACCUACCAAAACGCAGGGUUGUCAUGUUGCCCCAGAAUGGCUCCAACAGCAUGACUAACGCCCCUAACAGAGGUCCGCCUGGAGUCAGCAUUGGAGGGUUUUGCAUCCAGAGGCACUCCCCUGAUGGGUCAGACAUCCAGCAAGUCAGGAUCCUACCCUACGGUUCUGGAGGUCCCAGGGGACCGUGUCACUGGUCUGUCCAGCAGAACUCAGACACAGGUCUCGGUGGGACCCAGAGGCUGGUGUUUCAGCUCCAGGAACGGCAGGGCUGCAUGGGCCCAGGAGCUGAUCUCGGCAUCACAGGUUCCAAGGGCGGCCGUGUGGUGCGUUAUCCAAAGUUUAGACUGGAGAGGAACCCUUCCCACCAGCCACAGCCUGUGGAAAGCUCCCAGAGAGCCAGCCCUGGUGAGGAGCCCCCUGCCAGAGAACAGAUCUCCCCCUCCCCCUCUGAGAUGGGCAGUCAGAAAAUGGAGGUGGAAGAUGGACCCAAAGGCUGUACUUUCAAAAUCAGGAGGGAGUCCUUGAAAAGACAGCCUCACUUCAAGAUCUAUUUCAGUCAAGGUGCAGGCAAUCACACAAGCUUUGGAAAUGGCACUGGCAGGAAUAGUCCCCAGACCAGAGAUGAUUUCCUUGGACAAGUCGACGUGCCUCUCAAUCAUUUGCCGACGGAGGAUCCUGCAAUGGAGCGUCCGUACACAUUUAAGGACUUCAAUCUCCGUCCACGAAGCCACAAGUCCAGGGUGAAGGGCUUCCUGCGUCUGAAGAUGGCUUAUCUACCAAAGCAAGGUGGUCCAGAGGAGGAGGGUGCGGAUAUAAGGGAGGAGGCAGAGGGGUGGGAGGUGGCCGACUCUGCCGACCCGGGCUCCCAGCGGCCCCAGCAGCUGCUGCCCCCGCUGCCCCCUGGCUGGGAGGAGAAGGUGGACAACCUCGGGCGCACCUACUACGUCAACCACAACAAACGCACUACACAGUGGAAACGUCCCAGCACCAUGGACGUGAUCUCGGAAACGGAGAGCGACAACCAGCAGCGUCAGAUCACCCAGCAGGCCCACAGGGUGUUCCGCUCGCGACGCCACAUCAGCGAGGACCUGGAGAACGAACACGUCGAGCCCAGAGACAUGGAUGAUUCUUGGGAGCCAAUCUCUGAGGAGGACCCCAGCGAACCUAUUCCAGGCCCCUCCUCCUCGCUGGCCAUGACGCCCCUCGAGCAGACGCCGGCCUCCCAGGAGUUUUCCGAUGAGGUGUCCCUGCGGCUGUCCCUCACCCCGGGCCCCCUGGGGCCCGACACCAACGGAGAGGUGGCAGGACCCAGCUCUGCUCUGCAGAGUCAGCUCUCAAACAGACUGCGUUCCUCCAGCAUGACAGAUGGAGUGAGUGACCUCCAAGCCCAGCCUCCUCCUCCCGCGCAGAGCUCCCAGACCAGAAGAACCAGAGCUCAGACAGUCACGGGCGUAGAGGAGCCCAUGUCGCCCUCGUCUGCGGCCUACGCCCUGACCACCCCAGGACUGCCCCCUGGAUGGGAGGAGAGGAAGGACGCCAAGGGACGCACCUACUACGUCAACCAUAACACCCGCAGCACCACUUGGACCAGACCUGUUGUGCAGCUACCUGAAGACAGAGCCGGCACCUCGGCAGCCUCCCCAGGGCCCGCGGCGGCCAGCCCUUCGCCCUCCUCUUCCUCAGCCUCAGCCUCCAACAGUCACAUAAUCGAGCCCCAAGUCCGCCGGCCCCGUAGCCUCAGUUCCCCCACAGUUACCCUGUCCACCCCCCUGGAGGGGGCCAGCAACAUCCAGGUGCGUCGGGCGGUAAAGGACACCCUCUCCAACCCCCAGUCUCCCCAGCCGUCCCCCUACAGCUCCCCCAAGUCACAGCACAAGCCCCAGCAGAGCUUCCUGCCCCCGGGCUGGGAGAUGAGGAUAGCUCCCAACGGGCGGCCCUUCUUCAUAGACCACAACAGCAGGGUCACAACCUGGGAGGACCCCAGGUUGAAGUAUCCGGUCCACUUGAGGACCAAGGCGUCUUUGGAUCCGGGUGACCUAGGACCUCUUCCUAACCUACUAGAGGAGCCCGGCUGGGAGGAGCGUAUCCACGCAGAUGGACGCACCUUCUACAUCGACCACAACACCAAGAACACCCAAUGGGAAGACCCCCGUCUCCAGAGCCCGGCCAUCACAGGACCUGCUGUGCCGUACUCUAGAGAAUUCAAACAGAAAUAUGAUUACUUCAGAAAGAAGUUGAAGAAACCGGCCGACAUCCCCAACCGCUUUGAGAUGAAGCUCCACAGGAACAACAUCUUCGAGGAGUCGUACCGGCGCAUCAUGUCGCUGAAGAGGCCGGACAUCCUCAAGGCCCGUCUCUGGAUCGAGUUUGAGUCAGAGAAGGGACUGGACUACGGGGGCGUGGCCAGAGAGUGGUUCUUCCUUUUGUCCAAAGAGAUGUUCAACCCUUACUACGGCCUCUUUGAGUAUUCGGCCACAGAUAACUACACUCUCCAGAUCAACCCCAACUCCGGCUUGUGCAAUGAGGACCACCUCUCCUACUUCAAGUUUAUUGGCCGCGUGGCUGGGAUGGCCGUUUUCCACGGGAAGCUAUUGGAUGGGUUCUUUAUCCGGCCCUUUUACAAGAUGAUGCUGGGGAAGCAGAUUUCUCUGAAGGACAUGGAGUCUGUGGACAGUGAAUACUACAACUCUCUAAAGUGGAUUCUGGAGAAUGACCCCACUGAGUUGGACCUGCGGUUCAGUAUCGACGAGGACAACUUUGGACAGACAUACCAGGUCGACCUGAAACCCAGUGGAUCAGAUCUGCUGGUCACCAACGACAACAAGAAGGAAUACAUUGACCUAGUCAUCCAGUGGAGGUUUGUCAACCGGGUCCAGAAGCAGAUGAAUGCAUUUCUUGAGGGGUUCACGGAGCUCAUUCUCAUUGACUUGAUCAAGAUCUUUGAUGAAAACGAGCUGGAGCUAUUGAUGUGUGGGCUCGGUGAUGUGGAUGUCAACGAUUGGAGACAACACACCGUCUACAAAAAUGGCUACUGCCCCAACCACCCUGUCAUCCAGUGGUUCUGGAAGGCCGUACUGCUGAUGGACGCCGAGAAGAGGAUCCGACUGCUGCAGUUUGUCACAGGGACGUCGAGGGUUCCCAUGAAUGGCUUUGCUGAGCUCUACGGUUCCAAUGGACCCCAGCUCUUCACCAUUGAACAGUGGGGGACCCCAGAAAAACUGCCCAGAGCCCACACCUGUUUCAACCGCCUGGACUUGCCCACCUACGAGACCUUCGACGACCUGCGAGAAAAGCUCCUCAUGGCCGUGGAGAACGCCCAGGGCUUCGAGGGCGUCGACUAGAACAAGUGGCCAAAGUGGCAUCCACGGGAAUGAGGCUGCUGCCCUCGUCCGGCCCGUGGUGGCUGGAGUAGUGUAUGCAAGCAUGUUGUACUGUAUGCCUACUGGAUGUGUCACCGCGGUGGCAGGAGGAGACUGGACAGACUUAACUGAGCCGACCAGCCCAUGUCCUCUCAUGUGUCUGGGUCAAUCUAAGGUGCUGGGGGUUUGGAUGGGGCUUCGAACGUCACCCAUUCUUGCCUCGAGUGCAAUCUACAGUGCUGGAACCUCUUAUGCAUUUCAACAGCUCCUGUUUGUACGCCUACAGUACAGUACUAUACUCACACCCUGCCAAGUAGCAGAGCAUGAUGGGCCUUAAUCUGGUUCCUGCACACACUCUCUCUUUCUUUCUCUCUGUAACUAACUGUUCUACGAUGCUGAUGUAACUACCCCCCCCCCCCCCCCAAUCCUUACAGCACCACCAGAUUACCUUAGGAAUACAGAAAAAUCCCCUCAUCUGGAGAUCAGCCACACCCUCCUCGCAGCCUGACCGGGGACACACAUGUCCAUCUGUCAACUCUUCCUGUUUAGAAUAAGUUCUAUCUACUGGAGAGGGAGGGACAGUGGAUGGGGGGGGACAGAUUUUUUAAGCUUCUUUUGUCAAGAAGGAAAGGGGAUCAUUUUUUAUAUUUUUAUUGUUAUUGUCAUUCUUAACAAAAGAAACACUCUGAUGUAUUUGUACUGACGAUAAUGUUGUUUACUCUUUUUGACAAUAUAUGAAAUAGUGUGUAAAUCUGGCUGAUUGGAAACGGAUUCUUAUCCAUAUCAAUGCGUGUACGUGAUAAUAACAUGGUUGUCGUAGUGCUAUGGCAAUGGCAUGAAAAUGUACCUUGUGUUUGCUUUGAUUACAUAGUAAUUAACAGUGUAUGCUCCUUCUUGGUUUCAGUCUUGGGGAAAGCGGAAAGGUUUGUGUCACAAAUAAUAUAUCAAUAUGUUAUGCCUUUCCCUAUUCAAAAAGCUGUAAAUGUAUUUCUAUGAAAUUAUUUCUCUCUCAAUCUCUCUCGUGUGUGUGUAUAUACACACAUUACAUCUUACAGAAGUAUUAAGAACAGAUUAAAUUAAGCUGUGAUUUGACAUUAACACGCUCUUAAAAAUGAAAUUCCUUUUGUUUUUUUGUUCAGUUCUCCUUUUUGUUGUUUAGUUCUCCGUUUUCUAACACCACUGAACCUAGAGGGCACUUUACACAUGACACUAAGCUCAUGUCACCUUUUGUAUGUCUUUUAUCAUUAACUUGAAUGUGAUUCUUUUUCAUUGAGAGCACUUGUUAACCUUGUGCAAUAUCAAAUAGUCUGCACAUCUGACUGCUGCUAAAGUAGAAAAAUGGCAGACGGAAGCUUUUGCCGGUUGAGCCUCUCUGGUCGAAUCUCAAAAUGUCUAUGAUUCCAUGUUUCCUCUCAGCUCUUGUUGAAGGAAUAUCUGGGAGUGGAGGCAGGAAACAUCUCCUCCUAUGCAGUUCAGGUACAAAGGUGGAGGAAAUAAGAAUGAUGGACAGGACUUUUGAUAUUCUGUCCCCUCUCCCUUUGUUUUGCCCUCUACUCUCUGUAGAUGUGGUCUUCGUUGACUUCUGUUUGAGGGGCUGCUGUUUUUUCAGGGGGCAAAGUUCACUUUUGUUAAAUGUCACUAUUCUGUAAGCCCCUGCGGUUCAUAUUCUGUAACAUGGGUCAAAAUAAACCUGAAACAUGGAA